UUCGCCAUACCUCUCUAUGUGCCCUUUCUGUUGAAAAUAAAAAACAGCAAAAAAUAAAAAAAAGUCUUCAAUUUUCCCAGAUUCUACUCCUCUGAUCCUUCAAUCUCGUACCCCGAAAACUGCAAAAAAAAAACUUCCAUCUUUUUUUAUUUUGUCUCGCCGGAAAAAUCGCCUGAGCUUUCCAGAAUCAGAGGAGAAGUAAAGAAAGACUUUAUUUUGACGACUUGGGUCGUCUUGAAUUGGGGGGAAGAGGGAAAUGAUAGUAGAUAUCCCUGGAACACCAGGGACUUUCACUGGUCUUGUCUUGAGAAUCUCACAGUGUGUUUUCGCUGCUGCCUCCAUUUCUUACAUGGUCUCUUCCGGUUCAUUCUUCAACUACACUGCCUUCUGCUACCUAAUCGCAGCAAUGGGUUUGCAAGUCAUAUGGAGUUUCGGUCUUGCGAUACUAGACACCUUCGCUUUAGUGAGAAAGAAAACGCUUCUUAGCCCGGUCUUCGUCAGCCUCUUUGUAGUUGGAGAUUGGGUAACAGCGACAUUGUCUCUAGCGGGAGCCUCGUCCUCUGCAGGGGUCAUGGUUUUAUACUUUGGGGAUUUAGGAAGCUGCAGUUUUGAAGCAGAGUGUUGGAGGUAUCAACUCUCUGUCACUUUAGCUUUCCUUUCUUGGAUCUCAAUCUCCGUUUCUUCACUUACCACUCUUUGGUUACUUGCUUCUUCUGUGUAGUUAUACCCCACAUAUAUACUUGUUACACAAUACACUCUUUUUAGAUUUUUGAUUCUUUGUAUUGUUAAUAGAACCGAUUACUUAACUCUUCAGUGUAUACUUGAUUUACUGGUGUCUUUUUAGUCACAGCUUAUUUUCUCAUUUGUUUGAGAUUGAUUGUAAGUUUUGAUGUUACCAAACAUAUAGCGUUUAUGUGAAUUAACAGAUUUUUUCGUUGAGCU